AUAUAUGUUCAAAAUUUUAAAUAUAUUUUGUGUAUAUUUGUUAUUAAUUUAACUAGUUGAACUGUAAUUGAAGUAGCCACAUGGCCGUUUUUAAACUCUGGUUCCACCAAUCAGCUCUCCCAGCUGAAACAAUUGACGCACAGAUGCAUAAAGUUGCAAAUUAUACAGUAAAUUAAAAUGAGGUCUUAGUUUUACCUAUUCUAUAACCGACGAUCAACAAACAAAGGAUCAAAUGACACCUCCAAUUCUCCACUUCAACGGCCACAGAUCAUCCUCCAUUAAUCACGUCCUCACUCCCAACACUUUCUUAUAUAUAAAACUCUCACAAUUACUACUCACAUACUAUCACCUUUCCCCUUAUAUUGUUCAUUACAUUAUCUACAUAACAGUACAGUAGUAAUGGCCAAGGUUAAGAUCGGUAUCAACGGAUUUGGAAGGAUCGGACGUUUGGUUGCUAGAGUUGCAUUGCAGAGAGACGACGUUGAACUUGUCGCGGUUAAUGAUCCUUUUAUCUCCACUGAUUACAUGACGUAUAUGUUCAAAUAUGAUACCGUGCAUGGACAAUGGAAGCAUCAUGAGAUUAAAGUGAAGGAUGAUAAAACUCUUCUCUUUGGUGACAAACCUGUAACUGUUUUUGGCUUCAGAAACCCUGAAGAGAUUCCAUGGGGGCAGGCUGGUGCUGACUAUGUGGUUGAGUCCACUGGUGUUUUUACUGAUAAGGACAAAGCUGCUGCUCACUUGAAGGGUGGUGCAAAGAAGGUAAUUAUCUCUGCACCGAGCAAAGAUGCUCCCAUGUUUGUUAUGGGUGUCAAUGAGAAUGAAUACAAGUCUGACAUUAACAUUGUCUCCAAUGCUAGCUGCACUACUAACUGUCUUGCUCCAUUAGCCAAGGUUAUCAAUGACAAGUUUGGUAUCGUUGAGGGUCUUAUGACUACUGUCCACUCCAUUACUGCUACACAGAAGACCGUUGAUGGUCCGUCAAUGAAAGACUGGAGAGGUGGCAGGGCUGCUUCGUUUAAUAUCAUUCCUAGCAGUACCGGAGCUGCUAAGGCUGUAGGGAAAGUACUACCUGCCCUGAAUGGGAAGCUGACCGGAAUGGCUUUCCGUGUUCCCACAGUUGACGUCUCAGUGGUUGAUCUCACGGUGAGAAUUGAGAAGAAGGCUACUUAUGAAGAUAUCAAAGCAGCUAUCAAGGCUGAAUCUGAGGGAAAGCUGAAAGGAAUCCUUGGAUACACCGAAGAUGAUGUUGUCUCGAGCGAUUUUCUGGGUGAUAACCGGUCAAGCAUUUUCGAUGCUAAAGCUGGAAUCGCACUGAAUGAUAACUUUGUGAAACUCGUAUCUUGGUACGACAACGAAUGGGGGUACAGCACGCGUGUGAUCGACUUGAUUCGCCACAUAGCCUCUGUGCAAUGAAGUAUGACGAAGAAGCCGGUAGUUGCGACAAAUCACAUGAUGAGGACAGCCUUUUUUGUAGCUUAGGAUGCAGUUUAUGAUGAAUCAAGAAGAGUUGUAGGAGAAUAAGCUAUGAGAAACAUAUUGUUGAGUCUUGAUCUAUAUUUCAUGUGGUUUGAUUGAAAUGGCCCCUUGUCCUUUUAGUGUAUUAGCCAUCAUAAAUUAUAGUGCAGAUGAAUCCAUUUCAACAAAUCACAGGCAAACGUAAUCUAUUAGAUAGACAUUAUAUA